AUGGCACUUUUGGAAAUAGCAUGUUUCAACCUUGAUUCUGCCAUCACCGCUAUUGAGUCCGGAGCAGAUCGAGUCGAAUUGUGUGACAAUGCCGAUCUGGGAGGCACUACACCCCAAGAUGUGAUGAGAUGGAUCUCUGAAAUUCGAUCAAGAACUUUGACCAACAGAUCCAAUCCUGAUGGCCUCCUUCUCCCUCCAAUCAACGUCAUGGUACGUCCUAGAGGUGGAACUUUUAUUUAUACCGACAAAGAAUAUGAGGAGAUGAAGAAAACAAUCAUCUCGCUCAAGACCUCCGGGUUAGUCGAUGGUUUCGUGUUUGGUAUUCUUCUUCUUCUCAAGACCAGUGAUGACGGUGGCGGCACCACCACCGCGUCCUCGUCGAUCGAGGUCGCCAUCGAUAUCGAUAGAACAAAAAAAUUGGUCGAACUAGCUCACCCUUUACCUUGCACUUUCCAUCGAGCUUUUGACGAGGUGGAAAACCUGUCGAGGGCACUGGAGGAUGUAAUAUCAUGUGGCAUCACUACCGUCCUCACUUCUGGUGGGACCGUCAAUGCCGUCCAGGGAGCAGAGGUUUUAGGACAACUCGUCCAGGAGGCCGCGGGAAGAAUCACCGUCAUGCCAGGAGGAGGUGUUAGGUCUACAAAUCUAAAAAUGUUGCACCAAACAAUCAACUCCUCAGCAUAUCAUUCUUCGGCCUUGAUCGCACCAGAGUCCGUCGUCACUGACAAGGAGGAAAUUCUGCGCAUGUUGGAGAUUUUACGACCGGAGGCGACGACGACGACGACAGAUUGA